AUGUGUCGUGCGUGGAAAUACGUGGUUUUCUUGUGGUCUUUGAUAGUGCUGGCACGUGCAGAUGCCCCCAGGUAUCACAAAGAAACUAUACGGAAAUUGCAGGAGGAACAACUCCAUAAAGUUGGGAUUUACUUCUACAGUCCAUACCUGAAAAAUGAAACAAGGAUCCAUCCUGAAGAUCCCUUACCUAUUGGCUUCAAUAAUAGCCUUCCACUCAAAGUUGUUAUUCAUGGAUGGAUGGGCAAUAAGAAUCACAUUACAAUAGACCCUGUUAAGAAUGCUUAUCUAGCACUUUCCUGCUGCAAUGUUAUCACUGUAAAUUGGGAAGAUGGUGCUCGACAGAACUACGAUGUAUCUCGAUACAUGGUGGACAUUGUUGGCAGAAGAGUUGGUCAGUUGCUUCAUGAUUUUGUUCAAAGGAUGAAUGUUUCACCUGAGAACAUUCACGUUCUUGGACAUAGUUUGGGAGCUCACAUCGCUGGGAAUAUUGGGAAGUACUUCAAUGGGACAAUCAGCAGAAUUACAGCCCUAGAUCCAGCAGGACCACUUUUCCGGAUAAACUCCACUGAUGCCUGCAAUCGCACCGACGCUGCCUUCGUCGACGUCAUCCACACGGAUGUCGGAGUUCUGGGGGAAAAGAAUCGUCGUGGUCAUGUAGAUUUCUACCCCAAUCGUGGCUUUCCACCUCAACCUGGAUGCUAUCUCCUGGACAUCUUAACUUUCUCUACUUGUAGUCACUUAAGAGCUCCCCUUCUCUAUGCUGAGUCCAUCCUUCUUCCUGAACAAUUCCUUGCAGUUCAAUGUGAGGUUUCUGAAUUGUUCAACUCAAUCAAAAAGUGCAGACCAAAGAAUAAUCUCAUUAGCAGCGAAAAGAGGCAAAUGAUCUUCAUGGGAGAAGCCACACCGAAGAAUGCCACUGGAGUCUACUAUCUGGAAACUAACAAUGCAGCUCCGUACGGAAAGGGGAAGCAUCUAACUCUAAUGGCAAUUCGAUUAGUAUUGCUUAGGAUCUCAGUGAAUCUCGACGUAUUCUCUCUAGUACAAAUUUGUGAUACUCUUUGUGAUACUUCAUCUGAGAUGAACAGUGACUUUGUUAUUUUAGUUUUUAUUGCAAGCUUUUGUGGAUUAUCAGUGGCGGAUGAUAUUGAUCUAUCUAGUAUUAAAUUUUACUAUUUUGCGCCGGAAAUGUCUACGGAAUUAUUACUGGACAAUAGUACAUCCGAACUACCCUUCUUCAAUGAAAGUGAAACUGUGAAAGUUAUUAUUCAUGGAUAUAUUGCUGGAUACAAACACCUCUCGAUAUCACCGUUGAGAAAUGCCUAUCUCUCAGCUGGAGCUCAUAACAUUGUCUGUGUGGAUUGGUCAGAAAUAGCUUUUGGAUUCUACCCAAUAGUUCGGUACCGAGUGGGUCCAGUUGGAAAACAUGUUGCCCAUAUGAUGAGAACACAAAUUAUGUCCAAAUAUCCGAAUCUUCAGCUUCAGCAAUUCCAUAUCCUGGGUCAUAGUCUCGGAGCGCACAUCGCUGGAAAUGUGGGCAGGAGUUUUGACGGUCAAUUAGGGCGAGUUACAGGGCUUGAUCCUGCUCAUCCUUUAUUUAAUUCCGGAGAUAAGGACUGGAUAAGUCCCUCCACAGCUCAAUUUGUAGAUACCAUUCACACAGCAGGAAAUACCCUUGGACAAAUGACUCCUACUGGACAUAUUUCAUUCUAUCCAAAUGGAGGUCCUCCACCUCAGCCUGGUUGCUUAGCUCUGGACUACACCACAUUUAUUCAAUGUAGCCAUUUAAGAGCCCCUAUCUUUUACGCCGAAUCCAUCAUCCAUCCAAAGUCUUUCCCAGCAGCUAAAUGUGAUUUUGAAACAAUUUCAAAUGAUGCUGAAAAAUGCCCAAGCCUCCGGGAAUCAGGAAACAUAACCUACAUGGGUGAGUCCGUGGACAAAAGUGCAACAGGAACGUACUACUUCCUAACUUACAGUGUACCACCGUAUGGAAAAGGAGCAAGUAUGUCACAAUCACCA